AUGGAUAACCGUUACAAUCCUCUAUCAAACCUACCUCAACCCCAUCCACAAUCUUUGACUAAACAUUCGGCUGGCCUGUGCUACCCUUGUUAUUGCCGAUUGAAGUCCGAGCUUUGGACCCGCCGAUACAUGGAUGUACAUAUCAGGUACAACCGUGUACGACUCGCCGAACCAGAUCGGGGUGUUGCACAAUCAAAUAUCGAUUACCCAGUGACUUUGCCGAUAUGUGGCUAUCCGUCCCAUCCCGUGGGGCAGCAAGUGUCGCGAGCAUCAUCUACGGUGCCCUCGAGAGAAGGGGAAUCUUGGGAGUAG